GUCCAGCAACCGCCAUUCGUUUCGAAUCCUCUUAGAUCUUCAACGAAUCUAACUGCUCGCCAUGGCUGCCGAAGUCGGGGAGGGUAACUGCAUCGGCUAUGCCGCGAGGGACCAGUCGGGAUUCCUCUCGCCCUUCAAGUUCAACCGCAGGGAGGUGGGGCCCAAGGACGUGCGCAUCCGCAUCACGCAUUGCGGCAUCUGCCACAGCGACCUGCACCAAGCCAAGAACGAGUGGGGCGGCUCCCUCUACCCCAUGGUCCCCGGGCACGAGAUCGUGGGGAUGGUGGAGGCGGUGGGGGCGGAGGUGACCAAGAUAGCGGUGGGGCAGAGAGCGGGCAUCGGGUGCAUGGUGGACUCGUGCCGCACGUGCCAGGCGUGCAAGGCGCACGUGGAGCAGUUCUGCCGGGGCUGCAUCUACACGUACAACAAGGAGGACCCCAAGUCGCCCGCGGGCGAGCCCACGCAGGGCGGCUACUCCUCCUACUAUGUCUGCGACGAGGACUUCGUGCUCUCCAUCCCGGACAAGUUGUCCUCGCAGGAGGCAGCGCCGCUGCUGUGUGCGGGCAUCACGGUGUACUCGCCCAUGGCGUUCUACGGCGCCAACCAGCCGGGCAUGCGGCUGGGCGUGGUGGGGCUGGGCGGGCUGGGCCACAUGGCAGUGAAGUUCGGCAAGGCGUUCGGCAUGGAGGUCACGGUGCUCAGCACGAGCCCCAGCAAGGAGAAGGAGGCCAAAGACGUGCUGGGCGCAGACCAGUUCAUUGUUACCAAGGACGCUGAGGCUAUGGAGGCAGCAGCGGGUUCAUUGGACGCCAUAGUGGACACGGUGUCGGCACAGCAUGAGCUGGGGCCGUACCUGGAUCUGCUCACAUUCAAUGGCAAGAUGAUUCUUAUUGGAAUUCCUCCGGAGCCGUACAAGCUUCACGCCACGCAGCUGCUCAUGGGUCGCAAGACUGUGGCUGGUACUUUGAUUGGAGGGAUUAAGGAGACUCAGGAGAUGUUGGAUUUCAGUGCUGAAAAGGGGGUUGCUCCGAUGAUUGAGGUUAUCGGCAUCCAAGACCUUAACAAGGCGUAUGAUAGGCUGGCCAAGAGCAAUGUGAAAUACCGCUUUGUCAUUGACGUUGAAAAGAGCCUUAAGUAGAUAGUGGGAAGAACGUAGGGAUGCAUGUUAUUUGUUUCGAAUUUGGGUAAGUGGGUUUCAGUGUAACAACGGUUUGACGCUAUAUCG